AUGGCCGAAGUCGGCGAGGACAGCGGCGCCCGCGCCCUGCUGGCGCUGCGCUCGGCUCCCUGCAGCCCCGUGCUAUGCGCCGCGGCCGCGGCCGCCGCCUUCCCGGCCACUACGUCCCCGCCGCCGCCGGCGCAACCUCCACCCGGGCCGCCCGCGCUGCCCGCCGAGCCCGGCCCCGGGCCGGUGCCCUCCACCGCCGCCACUGCCACCACCACCACCGCGCCCGCCCUGGUGGCCGCGGCCGCUGCCUCAGUGCGCCAGAGCCCCGGUCCCGCCCUGGCGCGCCUGGAGGGUCGGGAGUUCGAGUUCCUGAUGCGACAGCCCAGCGUCACCAUCGGCCGCAACUCGUCGCAGGGCUCCGUGGACCUGAGCAUGGGCCUGUCGAGCUUCAUUUCCCGGCGCCACCUGCAGCUCAGCUUCCAGGAGCCUCACUUCUAUCUUCGCUGUCUCGGCAAGAACGGCGUCUUCGUGGACGGGGCCUUCCAGAGGCGCGGAGCGCCCGCCCUGCAGCUACCCCAACAAUGCACCUUCCGGUUCCCGAGCACGGCCAUCAAGAUCCAGUUCACAUCGCUAUACCAUAAAGAGGAGGCCCCAGCAUCGCCCCUGCGGCCACUCUACCCACAGAUCUCCCCACUGAAGAUCCACAUUCCGGAGCCGGAUCUCCGGAGCCUCGUCAGCCCCAUCCCUUCCCCAACUGGCACCAUCAGUGUCCCCAACUCCUGUCCAGCAAGUCCUCGAGGGGCUGGAUCGUCCAGUUAUCGCUUUGUCCAGAAUGUGACCUCCGACCUUCAGCUGGCCGCAGAGUUCGCUGCGAAGGCCGCCUCCGAGCAGCAAGCAGAUGCGUCUGGUGGAGACAGCCCCAAGGACGAGUCGAAGCCACCGUACUCCUAUGCGCAGCUGAUCGUGCAAGCCAUCUCCUCAGCCCAGGACAGGCAGCUAACACUAAGUGGCAUCUACGCCCACAUCACCAAACAUUACCCUUACUACAGGACUGCUGACAAGGGCUGGCAGAACUCUAUCCGACACAACCUCUCUCUUAACCGCUACUUCAUCAAAGUCCCUCGGUCCCAGGAGGAGCCUGGGAAGGGCUCUUUUUGGCGAAUAGACCCUGCCUCCGAAGCCAAGCUCGUGGAACAAGCAUUCCGAAAGCGGAGACAGAGAGGUGUCUCCUGCUUCCGCACCCCCUUCGGGCCUCUGUCCUCACGGAGUGCUCCAGCUUCACCCACCCACCCAGGACUGAUGUCCCCUCGUUCCAGUGGCCUGCAGACCCCAGAGUGCCUGUCUCGGGAGGGCUCCCCCAUUCCACAUGAUCCCGACUUGGGGUCAAAGUUAGCCUCUGUUCCAGAGUACCGCUAUUCCCAGAGUGCCCCAGGCUCCCCUGUCAGCGCCCAGCCGGUGAUCAUGGCUGUCCCUCCCCGACCUUCCAACCUAGUGGCUAAGCCUGUCGCCUACAUGCCAGCUUCCAUAGUGACCUCACAGCAGCCCUCAGGCCACGCCAUCCAUGUGGUCCAGCAGGCCCCUACCGUCACCAUGGUGAGGGUGGUUACCACCUCUGCCAACUCAGCCAACGGGUACAUCCUGGCUAGCCAGGGCUCGACCGGGACCUCCCACGACACAGCAGGCACAGCCGUGUUGGACCUGGGCAAUGAGGCUCGAGGUUUAGAAGAGAAGCCCACCAUAGCAUUUGCCACAAUCCCCGCAGCCAGCCGAGUUAUCCAGACGGUCGCCAGCCAGAUGGCCCCAGGAGUCCCCGGACACACAGUCACCAUCCUACAGCCGGCUACACCAGUGACUAUCGGGCAGCACCACCUUCCGGUCCGGGCUGUCACUCAGAAUGGAAAACACGCUGUACCCACGAAUAGCUUGACUGGCAAUGCUUAUGCCCUCAGCAGCCCCCUGCAGCUCCUGGCAGCCCAGGCAAGUUCAUCCACUCCAGUGGUCAUCACCCGAGUGUGCGAGGUAGGGCCUGAGGAGCCAGCAGCAGCCGUCUCAGUAGCCGCUAAUGCAGCGCCAACCCCAGCUGCCUCCACUACCACAUCUGCCUCUUCCAGCGGAGAGCCCGAGGUCAAGAGGUCCCGGGUAGAGGAACCCGGUGGGACAGCCACCACACAGCCCACAGCUAUGGCAGCCACCGGCCCUCAGGGCCCAGGGACCGGCGAGUGAAGUGUCACCUGCAGGAAGGUGGAGUGAAACUCACGCCACAGGAGCCCUAGUGGCCAGCAGCUACAUUCAAGGACCGAGUGGAAAAGCCCAUCACAGCCUGCAGCCCUCAUGUGGGUGGCCGCCGCACUCGGACAGUUUCCUUUUUAUCUCCUGUCCUCCCAUGGUUUGAAACAAACACAUAAACACAUUCAGACAACUUGAUUGUAUGAAUCUGGGGGUUCUGUGUGUUUAUUUACCCCUCUCUCAUGCCAUCGCCUCUCCCUGGUUCUUGGGGGAGAAGGUCUAUCUAGCCCAGCUCCUCAGGAAUGGAUCCCAGGCAGCGCCCACAACAAGAGCCUGAGCCCCAGGCCUGGACAGAAGCACAGUGCAAACCCAGGCUCCUCUCUCUGAGAGUGGGUCCACGGACUUCCUAUUUGUGACUGAUCUGGGAAUAGACCAGAAAACAGAAUGGCAAGAUCUUUCCAGUCACAGGCUAGGAUACAGAGCCCUCUCCCCAGAAGUGACAGAGACUGUGGCAUUAACUGGGGUCAGGGAGAUCUGCUUUGGCUUUGGACCCUAAAUAUUUCUUUCAGCUAAAUAUGGAAUCUGGGCUUAUCUCAAACCUGAGACACACAGAGCAGACCAUGUGUCUUUCAGGUUCCCUUUUGUAGGCAGCCAAGCAACAACAGGCCCUGCGCUCGGCCACACCAGGCCCUGGUGAACAUGCCGCUCUCCCUGAUAACUCCAAGAAGGAUGGGCGGCUCCCACAUUGAUGUAUCAAAGAGCUCUGGGUUGAAAGUCAGCCCAGGGCCAGUGCCCACAGCACUGAAUGAGUCGAGAGCUGCAAGCUACAAACGGAUCUCCAGGGAAGCCUGAGCCAGCUCCAAGGGAAGUCGGUCAGCCACUUGCUCAGCAGGGAGGGUGAUGGAUGAUGGAUGGUAUGCGGCAGGAAGACAGCCGAGGAUCUGGGUGGUGAUCUGCUCACACCGUCUCCUCAUUCCCACCCACCCCCAUUCCAGUUAACUGAGAACCCCAAGACCUGUCCAGUUUGAAAAUGGAAACCCUGUUUUCUACCUGACCGUUAUCCUCUGGAAAGGAAACCACCUCUCCGGACAGUAGUCGGUGCCAAGUUUGAUUGCAGUGCAGCAAGAACCAAAGCGUGGGGUCAGCUGAGGACUGGGACGCCCGGGGAAGGUCCCUUUGCAUGCCGGACAAGUGACCAACAGCACUUUAACAUACACCACACCAAGUCUCGUGAGCAGGAGCCAUCAAAUGUUUCUCUCUGUGAGAAUGAGAGUUGAUUUUAUAGAAGCAGUCAUGGGGGCUGUGCGACAGGAAACUUCAAGGCAGCCAGAAACUCAGUGUUGGUCCUCCUAGAGGGUGGUCGGUAAGCAACUGGCAACAACUUGGACAGAGCCCCAGGAGAGACGGCCCUGUCAUUGGUAUCAAACCACCCACCAGCCAGCCGCCUUCUCUGCCUGGUGCCAGUCAGAAGAGGCCCGAGGGCCCUGUGGGCAGAGAGCAGGCUGGACAAGCUGCAUUUGCUGGAAGGGACUCCAGACCUGGAGGCUGUGGUCACAGGAGAGCAGAUGACCGGGAUGGAUAAGUCCAAGCUCCGCUGUAUGGCUGCUGACAUUGAAGCCACCAAUGCCCCCCACACAUCAGGGACCAGUGCGGAGCACCUGCCUCCUCUCUUGAGCUAUCUCCCAAGCUCCCCAGCCAGUCAUUUCUCUAGUACUCAGCUUCAAGCCAGUGUUUUGGAGGUCUCCUGCCUGUUGCCUGGAAAGGUUCAGAGAAGUGGGGCUGGUGUGAUAGUGGCUGGGGGAGGGGUUGCCCCUCAGAGUGGGCAGAGGGCUGGCUCUGUCUCACAUCUUCCCUUGGUACUGGCAUGAAUUUCUCUCUGUGUGUGCCUGGUGUGAGCGUGGCGUUGGGGAAGAACGAAUGGGGUGGAGAUCUGAGUUGUGUAGUGGGCUGAGGUGACAAGGGACAUUGGUGCCAGCUGCUGAUCUUUCCCUCCAUCACCCUUUACUCCAGGGCUGUCCAUGGUCACCCUCCAAGGCAGAUUAAGAUUGUAGAUGGUCAGCAGGUUGCUGUUCCGGUUCCUGAAACGUGGGCUCCAUGCUCUGAGGCAGAUCUUCACCGUUAACGGGGGCGUGGAAGGGUAUGGAAAGAGAGUGAGAACACACACUGUCCCGGUACACGGCCUGAAGGCCCGGUUGGACAGCCUGAGCUACAAGGAGGCUAGACUGGCACUGCUGCUCUGCAGAAUGGGUUUGGUCAUCCACUGGGCAGAAGCUGGCGCCAGCUUCUGCCCACAACCCAUAGCCAUAGACCCCAGAGCGCCAGUGCUCAGGUCAGGGAUGCACAGAUAGCCAGAACUUGCUCCCACGAGCUCUGAGUCAGGAGGGCCAUGUCCAUCCACUGUGUGGCCCAUGGCUGGCAACCCUGGAGCCACCCACUAAGCCCUGGGUUAGGGGAACAGUUCAGGAACAGAUGUGAAGCCUUUAUAGACAAGGGAACCUCUUGGGCAGUGGUAAAACAGUGUAAGGUAGGGGUUAAAGGUCAGUGAUAUGUAAGAACUCCUUCCCCAUAGAGAGAAGCGGGUGGACUGUUACUGUUCUUCCUCAGAACCCUCAAAUUUCCUAACACCCACGUGACAUUGCUCACCCAGUCCCCCCCUUCCCCAUCCGACCUGCACAGUGCCUGCUUAGAAUAAGUCAGAAAGGGGUGGCAUCUCAGCUCUAGUGAAAGGUCCCUCAUGUGUGGGAAACAUUACAUCCUGGCCAGGAGAGGCAAAGUCACCUCAAAUGGCCACAGGGUACCCCGAGGCUAGGUCGGGGGGAACAGAGCGGCCGCCUAGAUCCUCGUCUCCGGUCUCUCAGAAUACCUCUGCUUAGAAGCAAUAUUAAAAAGGAUAAGUCGGGCUGUUCCAAAGAUUGCCACUGCAAACACCGCUUCCCUCCAGAGCAAGCCCUCUGACAGGGACUUUGGCUAGCUGGGCCGGGUGGGCGGGGCAGAGAACAGAGGCCUUCCACCUGCUGCUUCAGUCCUGCUCCCCAUUUAAUGCCUCCUUUCAUCUUGGGAGUUCUCUUGAACUCAGGGUGGGUCUUGCACCCACCUGCUUGUUGGGCUCUGGAUUGUUUUUUUUUGCUUUGCUUUGCUUUGGGUUUUGUUUGUUUGGGUUUGUCCUGCAAGGUGAGCUAGGCCAGUGCUCUACCACUGAGCUGUACUCCCAGCCAUUUUGAUUUUUUAAACUUGAGAUGGGACUCACAAAGCUGCCCAGGCUGGCCUUGAACUCCCAGUCCUCUUGCCUCAGCUUCCUGAAUUUCUGCGGUGAUGGCCUACACACUACCAUGGCCCAGCGCUGUUUGCGUUUUGUCUUUUUUUGUUUGUUUCUGUACCAAAAGCUGCUACACUGGUGACACAGCAGGGUGUGGCCUAGGUGCCCCCACAGACUGGCAUACGGCACGCGUCUCUCUCUGCCCUCCCUACCCCUAAAGUCACAGCUGCUUGGCAGGGACAUUUUUGAGCCAACCGCAGACGUUUCCUUAGGAAAAGUAGUUUUCUACCCAUGGCAAAGAGCGAAAGCCCCCAAGUGGUCCUGCACGCUCCUCUGCACCGCCCCACUGCUCCAAGGGCCCCUCUAUCAGGCCUCAGCUCUGCUUCAGGGAACAUUCUAGAACCUGCCCACCACCCCCCGCUUUCCCCAUGGGCACGGGGCAUAACAGCCUGGGCAGGGCUGUCCCACAGACGAGGCCAGCCGCAUGCCUUCUCUAGAGGUACCACCUGGGCAUGAGGCAGGACAGAGGAUGCUCGGAGGGAAGAAGUGGCCAGCUAGAGGGAGAGCAGCUUGGUGAGAGCUAAGGGGAGGUGAGCCGGUGGGACUGGAGGCUGAGGGUUGCCCUCACAGCUGGUGCCGAGCCGGCAGUGGUAAAGAUCCCUCAAUGAGGAGUCUGUCUGUCUGUCUGUCUGUCUCUGUGUGUGUCUCUCUCUCAAAAUACUUAGAGUACUUCAGUCACAAUGGAAAGCAUGUGUUUCUGUACUUGGGCUAAGCUGUCAAACACAGGCUGCCUAGGGCCCCCAGGACCUCUUCCCUUAAGCCCUUGUCUGUGCGCACACACACGCAUGCACACGCACACGCACACACACACACCUGCCUUGUGAGAGUUGGAGGAUUAGAAGGGCCUGCUGCUUUACCUCUGGAAUUCUGUUCCUGUGACUACUCACAAGGUGACCAUUGUGGAGGAAUCUGGGGCCCAGGCACCCCAAAAGCCUGAGUGCAGACAGUGGCCAGGUGUGGUCCACAACCCCGUAUGUGAAGCACUUGCCACCAUUAGAGCAACCUCAGCAGUGUCCCCUGCGUCCCUGGGACUGGCUGACUCUGAGCUCUAUGAUCCCACUGAGUGUUCAUGUUCUCUGUCCUGUAUGUGUCCAAAUGGCACCUUGGCUGAGUCUGAAUUCGCUGGCUUAGAACUUUUGUUUUUAAUUGGUAAAACUGGGAAUUCAAAAAUCGAAUAAUUUCAGUUUGGUCCUUCUCUCCCAUGGUCUCCUCUUCCGUCCUUCCUGGGUGGGAGGGGCAUUUGGGAUCCCUGAUAAUACCUUAGCUUGAUUCCUAGGCUGAGAAAAGGUGGUGGGGUGGGGAGGGGUGACCCUAGCUGUUUUCCAGGUCUCUCCUUGGAUUCUGCUGUGUUCUGGGAGGGCGGGCAGCAGCUGUGCACGUGUGAGGGAGGGGCUAAAGCCAAUAGUGAGGCGGUUCUUUUUCUUAACUGAAUGAUAAUUCUGUAAAAGUAAUUGGGGGAGGGUCUUCAGGGAGUAUGUGUGUGUGUGUGUGCGCGUGAGAGCAUGUGUGAUUUUGUUUUGUUUCAUUUUUUACAGUGGCUGUCAAGUAUUUUCAUGAUAUGUUUAACAAGUAGUGCUUUAAAAGCAGUGGUACCCAAUACAAUGGGAAUCCGAGUUCCAGAGAUGGGACGUGCCCCACCUCAGUGAGCGAAGGUCCCACUCUGGAGGCAGGGGUAAGAAAGGCCUGCGGACCCACACACCAAGCAGCAACACCUGGGCGUUCAUUUCAAACGGGAUACAGUAUUUUUUUAUAACAGAACCAUCCUUUUUUUAAAAAAAAAAGUUUUGACACCUGAAUGUGAUUUCUAACUAUUAUUAGACGUUAAUGUUUUAAAGCUAUAACAAAGUGGAAAUUUCUACUUUCUUUUUCAUUCAUUUGAACUGUUCUUUUAUCUAUUCGGUUGUUGUAUGUGGGUGGGGAAGCUCUGUUUUCUCCUCUUAGCAUUUGUUUCUAUAACCAGAAAUAAAAAUUAUAUAUUAAA